AUAAAUAUAUUAAAGAUAGUUGUAAUGAAAAUAACAAUAAUGGUAAAAUGGAAUCUUUAUCUCAAGUAAUACCAGAAGUGCUAGCAAAAAAAGUGAAGAAAGCAUUGCUAGAAGUAUUAAAAAUGGUAAUAUGCCAGAAUUUUAAAGAGAGUAAUAAAUUUGUUAGAGAUCAUCUUAGCUAUGUAAAAAAAUUGCGAUUGGCAGAAAAUCCUAACAGAUAUGCUAGAUAUAUUACAAGAAAACUAGUUUCAGAUGAAAUAUCAUAUAAUACAAGAAUAGAGAAAGUUCAAACAUGGUAUUAG